ACGAAUGGUGACUUUAAGCGAAUGGUCUGCUUUCGCAGAACGAUUUCGCGAUAGAAAAUAGUUCAAUGAUUUUUUGGCAGCAGGUGAUUUUGGAAAGUUUUGUAAUGAUUUCAUCAAGGACUGAUACCAGCACGUUGUUCAGCGAUCAGCAUCCCUUAAGAGAUCUGCACGACAACCUGGACGUUGGCAUGGCGACCGCAACAGGUACCAUGGGUUUAGCCACGAUUGCAACGAACAACAUCGGAGAGGCUAGCGGUAUUAAUAAUCCCCUCGGACCACCGUCAACACUGACCAAUGGAGGCGCUUCAUGUAGCGUAGAUGGGACGGAAGUGGUAGAACUCGUUGUUCUCAACGAUUUAAAUGGUGAUAAUAAUAAGCGUACCGAAGCGAACAGAAAUCAGCCACAAAACGAAGAACUAUUACAGAAUGCAAAAAUAUGAAAAGUUGGAGAAAAUUGGCGAAGGUACUUAUGGGACGGUGUUUAAAGGUAAAAAUCGAGAUACUUUGGAAAUAGUAGCGCUAAAGCGGGUGCGCCUGGAUGAGGAUGAUGAGGGCGUUCCAAGUUCCGCAUUGCGAGAAAUUUGUCUGUUGAAGGAACUAAAACAUAAAAAUAUUGUACGAUUAUAUGAUGUACUGCAUUCUGAUAAAAAACUUACGCUGGUGUUCGAGCACUGUGACCAAGAUUUAAAAAAGUACUUCGACAGUCUGAACGGCGAGAUCGAUCCAGAUGUAGUGAAAAGCUUCAUGUAUCAACUUUUGAGGGGGUUAGCCUUCUGCCACAGUCACAACGUCCUGCAUCGAGAUUUGAAACCACAGAAUUUACUUAUCAACAAAAAUGGGGAACUGAAACUAGCCGACUUUGGUUUGGCUCGAGCGUUUGGCAUUCCGGUGAAGUGUUAUUCGGCCGAAGUAGUUACACUGUGGUACCGCCCACCGGAUGUACUGUUCGGGGCGAAAUUGUACACGACCAGCAUUGACAUGUGGUCGGCGGGUUGUAUAUUCGCUGAACUUGCUAACGCAGGACGUCCUCUCUUUCCGGGUUCCGACGUUGACGACCAACUAAAGCGUAUUUUUAAGUUACUGGGAACGCCAACGGAAGACACAUGGCCAGGAAUUACUCAACUGUCAGACUACAAACCUUUUCCUCUUUACCCCCCAACUACAUCGUGGAGUCAAGUGGUGCCACGCUUGAACUCAAAGGGUCGCGAUUUGUUGCAGAAAUUACUGAUCUGUCGCCCAACGCUUAGACUGAGUGCCGAGCAAGCGAUGGCACAUCCCUACUUUACGGAAAACUGAAAGAGGUAGCGGAAGGCAGAAUCAUUUAUCUUAAUUACCAACAGUAGCAGUUGCUAGUGGACUCAGAUCCCGCACCAAGGAUUUCGAUCGUACUGAUUCAUAGAGAUAAUCCCGAUUCACGCCAGGGUAGUUAUUCCAUAUGAAUAGAGUAUAAUCUUCAGCCCUAGUCUGUUAACAGAUGUGGUUAGUGUCUAAAGAAUAGUGAUACAUAUAUGGUUUGAUAAAAAAGUAGCUGUUCUCUCAAAAAUUCAGAUUAUUCAGGUGAAUUGACCACAGCAUUUAGUCGAAACAAAUACGAUAAGUUAGGUUCAAAUAAAAUGUAGGCGUCCCGAGUUGCAUCAAAACAUUAAAAUUUUCAAAAUAUCUAGGGUGAGAGUCUAGAUGCAAGUGUGUACUAAGUAUAUGUAACGUAAAACCAUAUUAAUCAUUCCCCAUUUUCUAAUAAUAGAAUGCUGAUAAACUAAUUUUAUUUCGUAAGAAUUUCUAAUUUUUCAAUGGUCAGUUAUUUUGUUUUACUUGAGAUACAAUUACUGUUAUUUGUAACAGCUUAAUCAAACCGCAGUGUUUUUAUGUUGUGAUUUAAACAAUAAACUUGGCAAUUACUUGGGUCAAGUCCUUGAGAAGCAUAAGUUGAUAUUGCGUUCGAAUCACUCACCCAAAAUUUUCUCAUUAAAAAUAAUAGUUUAUAAAAAACGAAAUAAAAAAUGUGGCUGUCGCAAAUUCUG